UUAGAUGCGUAUUGUUUAGAAAACUUGAAUCAUAUUUUAAUAUCUUGCGACUUUGGCUGUGUAAGGAAAAAAUAACGUAAGCCUUUAAACGGGUAGGUAACAAAUUCUUAUUUAAUGUCAGACGAGUACUUGUGACGCUCAUAAAAUAAGUUUUAUAAUUAUAUGGUCAUAUCUGAUAACAAAAAAUAUAGGAAAAGGAGAGUACGAUCUUGAACUUAAGAAAGAACGUUCUUUCCUUUUUUUUGACACAAUAGAAAAAGUUUAAAUGAGGAUUUAAAUCGUCAUCGUGUACUUUAUCAAAUUUUUAAAUACACCGCCCUACUCGACAUUUCGAAUUUCAAAUCGCAUUUCGAGACUCGAUUCGUUCCUGACUUCAAACUUAUCAAUCGCUGACAUGCGCCGUAUGUUACAAAUAAUCCGAAUGUAUCGUCGUGUAUGUAUAUAUAAAUAUCGCAAUCGAGCCAACAUGUAGCAAUUAUUGAACGCAAUCGUGUGUACAUACAUUUAUAAAUCAUAUAAUCUUUGUAUAACGAUCUCUUGUUCCGAUUUAUGUAGCAAUUUUCAUACAUUUUAUUGAAAACAUUUAUCAAUACGCGCCGCUGAAUCGAGCGCGCAAAAGCGCGCGCUUUUGAUCACGUGAUAACAGGUACCAACUUGAGCGAAACGAAAGAUGCUAGAUUUCAAGCGCGUCGGUCGUACGUCUCUCUCCUUCUCAUCGACGCUCUCGUAUACUUCCAUCUCGCUUUCGCGUUAGGAGGUGCAGGAGGUGUAGCGGAAGCAAAACGACUCCACAGAUUCAUAAGCUGAAUCUCUGCCUUUUUCUCGCAGACAUGCCGAUCGUGCAUCCGUUUCGCUCGGAGUGCAGAAGGUAACAACGCGGUGCAGCUACGAGGAACGACGGAGACUCGUCGCGUCUCGCUACAUCUAUGCAUCUAUCCAUCGCUGUGGCUGCUGUUAGCUGUUAGCUGUUAGCCACUAUUACCACCACCACCACCACCACCACCACCACCACCACCACCACUAGCAUCUCCGCCACGCCGCCGUCGCGGCGGCAUCCCUCCACGAGUCGUCGUCGCUGCCGCUGCCGCCGCCGCCACCGCGGUUCAAAACCUGUCGGUCUGCAUUCCAGUGUCGCCGCCGGUGAACGCCAAGCAGCAGCGGCUAGCAGCAGUGCAGCGGACUCGGCGGACUCGGCGGACUCUCGUCGUCAAGCGCGUCCCGUUCGGUAACUCGUCCCGUUUUUCCGACGCGUACGUAAGCCGCGCGCGCGUCCGCUGCUCGGCGUCGCGUUCGUCGAGAGUUGUUCACGCAUACGCGCGGCGAACAUGAAAUAGACGAUCGAGAGGGUGAGAUCGUUGGUCAGGAGACGAUCGUUGGUGCGGUGAGAAAGCGGGGGCGCGGAGGGGAAGCGCUCUCCCGUGAAGGAAGAACUCUCCACAAAGGAGCACGCGGGGGCCACCGCGCGGCGGAAUUUUCCUGCGGUGUGCGUCCCGUCCAGAAAUUACAUCCCACGAGUGGUCGGCGAGCGACGCGCGGGGCGAGAGAGGACACUUCUUUCGGCGUCGGCUUCGGUCGACGCGGCCGGAUUGAGAAAAAGGCGCACGACACCCCGGCCGCUUGUGUAAACGCAUUGCGACGAUUAAGUCGUUAAUACGAAGGCGCGCAUCGGACGGAUUAGGUGCAAUUACGGCACCGCAGAUUGUGCGUGCAAACCCAUCGGUCGCGCGUGCACGCAGCGCAGUGUUCUCGCGUUCGUUCGUGCGUGCGUGCCAAGAGGGUCGGCGAAGUGGACAACCACUGCUUUGGAAUUUGGCUUCUUUAUUUUUACGAGAGAAUGUGUCAAGAUGACAUCUAUCUCCUCUUUAUGUGGCAUCGUCAUCAUCCUGCUCUACAGUCCGAUCGCGUAUACAUGCGAGGAGAAUAAAAUACAGGAUAUGAAUAUGUCCUUCACCCGACACCCGCAGCCUUUCGCCGCUCCUUUAAAUGACGAAGUGAACUUUGAGUGCAUACUCAACAUCCCCGCGGACCGUUUCGCUUGGUAUCAUAGACCGCUGGGUUCAUCUAAAUGGACACCGCUACCCAGUCCUUCCAACAACGACGGCAAAAUGUCGCGGCACGUUGUCACUUUCGACAACGAGACAAAAGCCGGAGAUUACCGUUGCACUGCGUUCUUCGGUAUCAGCGGUAUAGCGUCGGAUCCAGCGAGAUUGACGCUCGCGACGAUACAGAAGUUCUCCGAUAAGAGCGAUGUCUUCAUUGAGGUGACGGAGGGUAACACCGUACCUAUCACAUGCCCUGUACCAUAUUCUGAACCGGAGGGUAUAGUACAGUUUUACAAGAAUGACGUGCUCAUCGAGGACGCCGAUCUGGUGAACGGCCGAACCACCAUGGUCAUCAGUAAUGUCAGAUUGGCGGACAGUGGAUCGUAUCAUUGUAGCGUUACAAAUUACAUAACGACGGUGACAUUCACGAGCAAUCAUAAAACCAUUCUGACGGUACACGCGAACUUGACUUUUCAACCGCCGUAUCUCACCAAGCAACCGCAAACGCAAUACACGGUUCCGCGCGGCAAGAACGUCACGUUGGAAUGUUUCGGCGCUGGUUAUCCUGUGCCGCGUAUCACUUGGAGUCGCCUAGGCGGCUCUCUACCGUCAAAAUCGGUGAAAUCGCCCAACGGUUUGACAUUGGUUCACGUGCAGCCGUCCGAUCGUGGGGAGUACGAUUGUGUAUGGGGCAACGAGAUCCGACAGAUUAAAUCGGCAAUCGUCUUAAAAGUGGUGGAACCACCAAGAGUCACAAGACCGCCGAGAGCGUGUAGGUUUCUUGAGGGUGGAAAAGUGCAGCUCUCGUGUGACGUAACAGGCGAGCCGACACCAGACGUCGAAUGGCUUAUCAACGGAGAGCCUUUGAUGUCUAGCAAGAUGGUGGAGAUGAGAGACUCCACUCUCCUUAUAUCUGAGGUCGAAAAAAGGCAUGCCGGGAUUAUUCAAUGCGUCGCUAGCAACGCAUACGGAUCGCAUUCGGCAUACAACAUAUUGCAGGUUAAACCUAAGGAACACGUUGUCGGUAGCAAGAUUGAAUCGAAGCCGGACUACGGAACUAUGUCGAGACACAACAAGCAUACCAGAGGCGGCGGUAGACGCAGAAAUAAAGAAGGAAAGAAGAAGGGUGGCGCAGCAGCGGUUUUGGUACCUCCGGAGCAGCCCAACGUUACGCGAUUGUCCGAUAUCUCCGUCAUGGUGCGGUGGUCAGUGCCAGAGAACAAAGGUCUGACGAUACAAUUUUUCAAAGUUCAAUAUCGAGAGAUCACUCCGAAGAUGAACGGUAAACAGACAAAGUGGAUGACGGCCAACUCCGAAAUACCGAGUCACGUGCGAUCAUUUGAAGUGACCGACUUGCAACCCGAACAUACUUAUCGAUUCAGGAUCGCCGCAGUGUACUCGAAUAACGAUAACAAACUGAGUCCGAAUUCUGCACGUUUUCAUCUGAAUAGAGAUACCGGUAUCGAGAGCAAUAAAAUGCCGAUACCGUUAUUGACUAAUACCGAGGCGUUGGGACCGUAUCAGGUGUUAUUGAUCUGGCAGAAUCCUGACAAGUUGGCAGAAAUCGACGGGUUUUACAUAUAUCAUCGAGCCUCCACCUCAGCCGGUGAUUAUCUGAAAACUACCGUCGAGGGAAAGAAUGCCUGCAAUAUGACCAUUUCUCACUUAUUACCCGACACUACGUACGAAUUCAAAAUCCAGAGUUUCUCCGUAGAUGCGGCGUCGGAAUUUUCUCAAAUAUUACGACAGAAAACUAAAAAACUUAUCGUCGAGCAUCCGGUUACGCAAGUAGUGGCGGAAAAUAAAUUAAGACCUAACGAAAAUAACAAGGAUGUCAGUAUACACGUCAUAAUUGGUGGAGUAUUUGGAGCUUCGUUCAUUCUGAUUGCUCUCGCUUUUGCAGCGAGAUUCCUGUACAAAAGAGUGAAAUAUAAGCAAAGUCAGGAAUCGCAAAGUGAAGGUAAACCGAUAACAAACGGACGAAUAAUGAACGGUGGAGUCACAGACUCCAAGAUUAACAUUACGUCCAAUCCACUUGCCGGCCUCGACACGUCCGAAGAUAUAAUGCAGCCUAAGAGCGGACAACAGUCGUCGAUGGAAAUGACGUCGUUUCUAAACGGCCAAAACAACAAUGGCAGCAACAACGGCCAUAACAACGGCGACGCAGCCGGAUCUGACGUAAACGUCACGUCACAUAGCGAGCCGUCGUCUCUGCGCCAAGUGCCACUGCCUAUCGAACAACGUUUGUGAGAAUGAUCGCAGCUAUAUCUCUGUUUUAUAAACGGUAAGAACGCGAGAUCCGACUUGCAUCUUCUCGAAGACAAAUAGUUUACACCGUUAAUCGUAUAUAUUAACGAACAUUGUCUCGCGGGAAGAAAACGUAAGAGCUUGUCGACACGUUACUUUUAAUAAGAAAUUUAACUUAUAGACUGUGUUUAACGUUCAGCUAUUAUUGCAAUCAUGAGACUGUUGCAAGACAUUUACAGGGUGUCUUAAGUAGAUAUGCUCAAAUGUAUCGUUACUGUAGAUUGGGAUUGAUUUCGCAUAACUUGUGUGGGAAAUGAUACGCGACGAUGCAGAUUUUCUGGCAAGAUCUAUGCAUGUUUUUUAUAUUUGAUAUAAUCAAUUAUAAUAUAAUCGAGUAUAGUAUUUUAAAAGUAUUUUUUUCCACGUUUUCCACGUUUAUCAAUAUGAAGACGAUAUUUUACAUGAAGGCAGCUGAAAUAAUCCCACUUUAUAGUGCAAUUAGAAAGUAAAAACGAUCUGGUUUGCAUCCUACUGACAUAUUCUUUGUCUUUCCCCCUUCUUUUUAUAAGAACGUUUAUAAGACUCUUGUUAAGUAGAUAUGAAAUUCAAUUAAUGUACCUGCGAAGUAACUGACUUAACUGUUACAUAUCUACUUAACGGUCAUAAACUAGUGAGCACUGAAUAUAAUGGUUGUUUAGUAAUUUUUCUGUCCCUUUUUACAUUGUACACUAUUUCACAUCACUUUCAUCAUUACUUUUUAAGAAUUUUGUAAUAAAAACUUAUAUUUAUCUAAAGUUCAUAACGUAAGGACGCGAUACGUAUAGUUACAUUAACUAUUCGCCAGUGUUGAAAAGAAUAGUGACUUUACGAUACAGAGUUAUUAGUAAUAUCCUUUUUAUAAAAUAAUAAUGAAGACGUAAUGAUUGAGUCAUAUAUUGUUAACAAUUUUCUUGGUGUGUAUGCUUGUUAUUUUUAUAAAUAUUUUCCUAGCUGCAGCAAGAGAGAUAACUUAUUGAUGUUGUCCAUGACCAACGCAAUCACGAAAUCACUGACAGUGAUUUGUUAUCAAAAUUAUAUGUAAAACGUUGCUUAUACAAUAUUGCGAGGAGAAAAUAAUAUGUGAUACAAUUAUAUUUUGAUAAUGGGUAUUUGCGUACGGCGCGGCAAUAUACGAAAAUUGUAAAUACGAGUGUAUAAAAACUUUUUUAAAUAAAUUUAUAUUUAAACGUUUGGCUUCUGAAAGUGCUGCUAUUCGCAAUCUGUGUUUCGACAACGAAGCUAGUGAAAAUAUGCAUUUGUACAUAAUAUGAUAGUACUCGAAGCGACAUGAAUGAACGUAUGUGCCUUACAUCUUGCCUGAGAAUAAUGAUGACUAAAAAUAACGAUUAUUUAUAUACUUCUGUACAUGUAUACCACCAUUUUGUGUACUUAAUUUUUAUAAAAUAAAUUAUAUCUAAAAGGAAUGAAAAA